GCAGAUUUCUGAAGUCCCAGGAGGAGGGAGCUAGAGGAAAGGGGAGAGGUGUACAAAAUGCAGCAUGUGGGAGCAGCAGGUGCAAAGGCCCUGGGGUGGAAGGGGCUUGUUGGAGCACAGCAAGAGGGAGGGAUGAGAAGUGAGGCCAAAGAAGUGGAUUGGACGAGGCCAUACAGGGCUUUGGGGGUCACAAAGGCAAGUCGCUCAGCAGUCAGGACUGAAAGGGGGAGGUCCAGCACAGCGGCCAGUGCUGUUUUGUCUUCACUCAGAGAUGAGAGCUCUUUCCUUCGUCUGUCCGUGAUCCCGUGUCCCUUGCCUGCCCUGGCCCUGUCCCUGGCUCGUCCUUCCUUCAGGCCCUUGACCUCGCUCGAGCCCCUCCCCCUGUCUCAGGGAGUCCUCUGUGGGGGUGCCCACCCCACAGUCUCAUUAGUGUGGUGUCAGGGCACAGCCCUAAUCAGCUUACCCAGCAGUGAGAUAAAUGCCCCGCCGGCAGCUUGCCGAGGGAAGCCUGUCACACACCUGUGGCCCCCGAGACCUGCCUCAGUACCUGCCCACAGCGUGAGGGAGUCCAGAAGCCAAAGGUCGCUGCGGCGUCUCUGCCAACCUGGCCAUGAACCUGGAGCCACCCAAGGCCGAGAUCCGGUCGGCCACCAGGGUGAUCGGGGGGCCCGUCACUCCCAGGAAAGGGCCUCCCAAAUUUAAGCAGCGGCAAACCAGGCAGUUCAAGAGCAAGCCCCCCAAGAAAGGCGUCCAAGGGUUUGGGGACGACAUCCCGGGAAUGGAAGGCCUGGGAACAGACAUCACUGUCAUCUGCCCGUGGGAAGCCUUCAAUCACCUGGAGCUGCACGAGCUGGCCCAGUACGGGAUCAUCUAGCCCUGGAUCCUGACCUGGGCCCCUACCCUCCGCUGCCCGCUCCGACCGACUCCUGCUUCCUGCAAAGAGGCCUGCCCCCCAGGGCAUCCAGUGUCCAGAUGACCCUGUGUCUGGAGACCCUCGCAGGGCGGUGGCUUCAGGCCCCAGGAGCCCACCCCCUCCACACAGGAUGCCCUCUUGGGGUGGCCAGGCCCUGCUUAGCUCCGCGGACCUUCUCCCCCAGUGGAAAGGGAAAGUGAGGACAGGGCCUCCCAGGAGUGUCUCCCACACCCUGGCCCCUGUCCUGCCCAUCUAGGGGUGAGGACAAGCUGUCCCCACUGACCCUGUCGGCUGAGGCCCUUGGGCCAGCUUGGCGGGAGGUGGGUGGCAGGAGUCCUGUGGGCAUCAGUGGGAGAGCGAGGCCCCUCCAGACCCAUCGCACUAGCAGGAAGCUUGACCUUCCCAGCUCAGCCCGUGCUUGCUGUCCUUGUUCAAAUAAAAUUAGUGUCCUCCUUCCUCACGGA